CGUAUACUUUUCAACGGCAGCGACAAUCCCUUCUAUGAUUUCUCCAACUCCAGUCCCCACCCAGUCCGAUACGAAGGCAAAACCUAUCCGACGAGCGAACAUCUCUUUCAAUCAUUCAAGUUCCUUGAUGACAAGCCCAACAUCGCAGAGUAUAUCAAAACAUGUUCACGUUACCCGCGAGACAUCUGCAACGAAGCCGAUCGGUACCACAACCAAAUUCGCCCAGAUUGGCUCCACGUCCAAAUCAAUGUGAUGGACAUCGUUCUGUCAUUCAAGUUCAACCAGCAUGAGGACCUGAAGCGCGAAUUGCUCUCCACCGGCGACGCUGAGCUGAUUCAGGAUUCA